ACAAACUCACUGGAAUUUGUCUGAAUGCUCCCUCUGUUUCAUUCUCCCCCCAUCUCUGCAACUGCAAUCUUUCUUUCUCCACCCACCGACCUUCGCCCCUUCUGUGAGAGUGGGAUAGGCACACCCGAAACACGCACACAGAAAGACUGAGACCCAGUAAAGCCAAUCCAUAAAUCCUUCAAGUUUCAGAUUUUCAUGUUUUUGAACAGAUCGCAGGGGAAUCUAUCAAGUUCCCCAUGAAGCAAAGGUUGUAGUCUCUCAUCUUCAGAUCCUAGCUCUAUCUUCCACCCAUCUGGGGUUUCAGAAUUAGGAUUUCUGAUCUGAUCGAGUGACGCCAAGUAGAAGAAAGAAAAUCUAAGCGAAAACAAAGAUGCUGGAACGCUGCUUGGAGGCUCGUCCUGUUCGACAGAUCCACAGAGCUCUUCGCCAUGGUAAGGUUGCCCUCCUCUGCCUGUUUGUGACUAUUAUCGUUCUCCGCAGCACCAUUGGUGCCGAAAAAUCCGGUACUCCCGAGCAGGAUUUCGAUGAGAUCCGAGACCAUCUCCACUUCCGCAGGCGGGCCGAGCCUCGCCGUGUCCUUGAAGAAGCUCAGACAACGGAUGCGACGAAUAUCAACAACUACAACACGUUCGAUCCAUCCAAACUGAUGGUUGACGAGGAGGAAGACGAAAAGCCCGAUCCCAACAAGCCUUAUAGCCUUGGGCCGAAGAUAUCAGGUUGGGACGAGCAGCGAGCGAAUUGGCUCGAGAAGAAUCCUGAUUUUCCGAAUUUCAUUGGCCCCAACAAGCCUAGGGUUCUCUUGGUCACCGGGUCUUCCCCGAAACCGUGUGAGAAUCCAGUCGGUGACCAUUACCUUGUGAAAUCAAUCAAGAACAAGAUCGAUUACUGCCGGCUGCACGGCAUCGAGAUCUUCUAUAACAUGGCACUCCUCGACGCAGAGAUGGCUGGGUUCUGGGCGAAGCUUCCGCUCAUUCGGAAGCUCCUGCUAUCCCAUCCGGAGGUUGAAUUCCUGUGGUGGAUGGACAGUGACGCCAUGUUCACAGACAUGGCAUUCGAGGUCCCGUGGCAGCGAUACAAAGACCACAAUUUCGUGAUGCACGGGUGGAAUGAGAUGGUCUACGAUCAAAAGAACUGGAUUGGUCUGAACACUGGUAGCUUUCUGCUCAGGAACUGUCAAUGGUCGCUAGACAUUCUGGAUGCCUGGGCUCCAAUGGGACCCAAGGGAAAGAUAAGGACCGAGGCAGGGAAAAUCCUCACGAGGGAGCUCAAGGAUCGACCCGUCUUCGAGGCUGAUGAUCAGUCCGCCAUGGUUUACCUUCUGGUCACACAGAGAGACAAGUGGGGCGACAAGGUGUACCUCGAGAGCGCUUACUACUUACACGGCUACUGGGGGAUUCUGGUCGAUCGGUACGAGGAGAUGAUCGAGAACUACCACCCGGGGCUCGGCGAUCACCGUUGGCCUCUCGUCACCCAUUUCGUCGGUUGCAAGCCAUGUGGGAAGUUUGGGGAUUACCCAGUGGAGAGAUGCUUGAAGCAGAUGGACAGAGCUUUCAAUUUCGGGGACAAUCAGAUACUACAGAUUUAUGGGUUCACCCACAAAUCCUUGGCUAGCAGGAGGGUCAAGAGGACUCGAAACGAGACAGACAAUCCUCUUGAGGUAAAGGAUGAGCUUGGGUUGCUUCAUCCUGCAUUCAAAGCUGUCAAGGUAUCGUCUUCUUGACGACCUGCUGCUGCGCCAUUAGUUGAUCAGGUUAGAGUUGGGAUGCUUCCCAUCUGAUUUUGUUCGUUAUCAAAUCAUAGUACAAUUUGAUGUUUGUUGCUAAUUUUUUGUUAUGGUAGGUAUGGGAAUUGAAUCAAUGGUUAUCACCAUUAUCAUUACUUAUAAUUAUUUUUACCCCCAA